AUGCAGAUCGAAGAUGCCAUUCACGUGGCCAAGCACGGAAAGGAGCCGCCCAAAUUUCCAGAGAUCACUAGGGCGGCCGCCGCUAUUGGUCUCACCGCCGCCGUCUUGAACGUGGUCAACUUCCUCUUUUCGGCCAAGACCACCGCGCUAGCGACGAAUCAGUUCUCUUCGCCCCCUACACCACCUACGCUCAUAGACACGGCUGCACUCUGGAACGGUCACACGAAUACGCUGAUGCCUCUACCCGAGGAAAAAGCCUUCGCCGCGCGAGCUGUCAAGAUCAAGCGCAGCAUUGCGGAAGCAGUCAUCAACCGACAGCUACUCAAACGCCAUCUUUCUUCAGAAUCUAUUGCUAAGGGCGACGUAAAUGGCCACAACAUCUCCAGGCGAUGGGUGGUGUCGACUCUCGUCGGAACGGGUCUCGGCGCUCUUUUGGCGCCUGGUUUCGCGUCGCAAAUCAGAGGUAAAAAGCCAGAGCACGACGAGCCGCCUUUCGACCCGUACGAUCCUGCCAUGAUUCAGCCCAAGGACUCAUUUAGUGCUGCUGCUGCGACGCUCGAGCAGCCCUUGCCCGCCUUGCCUGCGUCCGCGUCGACGGGCGGCUCUGCUCCUGGCACAUCCCCGAAUGUCGACAACAUCGCUUACCCCGUUGAAGCAUCCUACCUUCCCGUUACUGCUGACACGCGAACUCAGUCUCUUGUCAACCCUUCCGCACGACAGAACCUGGCGGUCAAUCCUGGCGGCACGUACGCUGGACAUGCUUCGGAAAGCUCUUUAUCGAGCGAAGCGCAACCCGUUCUGCGCAGAAGGUCGGUUGUGCCUGCUCCUCACUUGGAAAACGGCCAUAGUGAGGCCGGCUCGUCGUCGAACCUGGACAAGCGCUUCAUCUUCGGCGGCGGUGGGACUGCUUCGAAGGUCGCAGGAGUUGCAACUGCCGCUAGCAUCCUGCCCUUGCUCUGGGUCGGUGUGACGCACGCAAGAUGGCGAACGGAAAAUCCGCGUGAUCGAGACGUCAUUAAGGACCUCGACGACACGCCUACGUUCGGCGCGGUCGGUGUGCCCGGUCGUAUGCCGGGACAGUUGGCGACCAACGCCAUGCCAGGAUACACUGACUACAUCGAACAGCUCGAACAGCAGCAGGCCCAAACUCAGCGUGCUGCCCAGCGUCAGACGGAUUCGGAAGGUGGGUUGCAGGCGGCACAAGCUGCUUCCAGCUCAAUUGGGGGAAGCUAUGGCGGAGGUGCUGGAGGUGGCGGCGAUCCGGUGCUGCGACGUCGUGACGAUCAGAGUCAUCUCACCAAGCGAGCCUGGCUGGGCGCUACGGCUCUGGCGUUGUUCGGUGGCGUUCUGGGUUAUGCUCAGUCUGCCACUCAGUUCCCUUCGGAUCGAGACGAGGAAAAAGAUCAGAAGAGGCGAGAAGCUAAGAAGAAGCAGGAGGAGAUGAUGGCCGCCCAGCAGCGGCAGCAGCAGCAGGCUGGCUACCCAAGCGCAGAUGGCGGUGUUGCCUCGGGUGCUGAUCCGCUUGCUGAUAUUCCGGAGAAGCAACUGCCUGGCACAAUGGGCGGAGGCGGCUACUCGGAAGGCUCUACUUACGGCGCAACUACGAACCCGUCCACUGCUGGCAGCGGAUCAGGUUCGUCCUCGUCGACGACUAGCUAUGCGGGACCGGGAUUGGGUUCGUACUCGCCCGCCACUUAUGGUAGUGGCAAAUCCGACUCCUCGUCGACUUACAGCACGGGCGGAGCGUUCACUGGAGGCGCUACAGGCGCUACAGGCGCUUCUUCGCUGGGAGCGUCGCUCAAUGCUGCUGCUGGCUACGGCACAUUAAGCAGCUCUGGCGGCGGGGGAGGCGGAAGCGUCCUCAAGAAGCGAGAUAGUUCUACUCAAAAAGGCCACGAGCUUGAAAAGCGAACACCCGGUGCCUUCGGCUCGGCGCUGACGAUCGGAGGCACAGCCAUGUUUGGCGGCACUCUACUCGCCAACCUGUAUGUGUCGGGGAAGCAAAAGAGUAAGCCGGUACCCUUGGUUACUCCGAACGCCAACACCAAGGGAGCCGUGCCCCCGGGCGGCGAUCUGUAUACCCAGUACCUCGAGUCCAAGAGGCUUCAACCAGCUGUUGCUGGCGCUGGAGGAAUCGGUCUAGGCGGUGGUGCGCCUGCAGCUGUCAGCUACGGCGCCGCUCCGCUAGCAGCUACUGCCAACACUGUUGCGGUGUCUAGUGAUAAUGCUGUCGAGCCUAUUUCUGCUAGCUCGUCUGACGAUUCAGAAUCGGUGACGACGGGUGCGCUGGAUCCCGUUCUCAAGAAACGACAUGGACGGGAUGUUCUAGGCAAGCGAGCACCUGCUGCAACGUUCAUCGCAGCAGCUGAGGAAGCGCCUGGUUUGCUGAGAGCCGGUACGGGCCUCGCAUCGGUUCUUGGCAGAGGCGCUGCUGCGUCCGAAACGGGUGUGGGUGCAGCCUCCGUGCUUGGUCGAGGUGGAGCAGCAGCCGCCUCCGAGGCCGCUGGAGCAGGUGCAUUCUCGAGAGUGAGCGCGGUUGGCCGAGGCGGUGGAUUCUCCCGCUUGCCCGAAAGCGCCCGUCAAGGCAUGUCGCCUUUUGGCACUACCGCCGCAGAAGGAGGCUUCUCGACGUUCGCACGUGCGCCUCCGAGGAACAAACCCUUCGAGAACGGCUUUGCCGCCUCGGUCUACCGUCCUGGUGGAGCCGCUUAUGGGGCUGCACAGCCUGCCAUGGUGUCGGAGAUGAGGGUGGCUACGGGAACUGCGGGCACACCCGCUACGAUCGAAGGCGCCGCUGCUGCCGAGGCCGAGGCUGGUGCUGGUGCUGCCCAGGCUGCCGAAGGCGUCAAUGGCAAAGGCGGUGCAUUGACGCCUCUCAAAGCGGUGGGCAUCGUUGGUUCGGGUGCUGGUGUUACCAUGAUGAUGAACGGCAUUGGUCGAUAG